GUGAUUGGAGCUGUCCAGAUUGUCUUGAGUCGGUCGUCAAAGGAGUCGCUGAGCAGAAUAUCACGAAAGGGUCAAAUGAGCGAUGUAUCAGACGAGACUGUGUAUUAAGGUGGAUGAUAAAGCAUGCUCGCGUCACACUAACAUGUGCAGAGCACGACAACGUGUUAUUACCACCGAAGACGAUGCGAAUGUGUUCCUGGUGGAGAAGAUCAUUGGCCGAAAAGCGAUUUCUCGCAACAAGGACGGCACAAGAAACUUUGUCAGCCUCGUCAAAUGGCUCAAUUAUCCUGUGGAAGACAGCACCUGGGAGCCAAAGGAAAACAUCGAGCCUCACACAGAGGCACUACUGGCGCGUUAUGAGAAGGAAAGAGUGGAGCAGAACCUCUCUCGGGCUGCCAAAGUGGUCAUAUUGAAAGAGUAUGCGGAUCACUUCGAUAUGGAUGGGAAUCCGCUUGUCAAGUCUGGUCAAUGAGUUCAGUCAUGAUCGUUAUGUGCGAGCGACUGGUGUUGUUGUUCAUCAUAUGUGUAACCAAUACAUCCUCUCGGCAUGUCUUCACAUGUAUAUUCUUCCCUCUUCAU